UUCUCUCUUGUGUGUUGCUGAAGUAAGCAGCCUCAUUCCGUUCAGGAGUGAAGAGAUCUAUACUGGGAGACCAACAAUGGAUCAUUUUCUUCUCAAUAAAUCCAACAGCAGUCCAUGUGUCAUAAAGGCAUACACGGACCAUAUCAUUUGACAUUCACUGAACCACCAGACGCAGAACAGUCAACUGAUGCGUGCUGCAUUACCUCCAUGUCUGCAUCUGCGGAGAUUAAAUGCUAUGAAACCCUAUUCAAUCCAUGUCCUAAAACAAAGAAUCAAGGAGCAAUAGAAUAAUAUCUUUUACUGCUGGUACCAGCUCAUAGAUUACCUGCUUCCUUCUAAUAUUGCUGCAUCAGGCAUCACGGUGGAGCACACGGCCAAAAAACGGGGCAUCAUGAAGGACAAAGACUUCGUUACCAAUAUGGAAAGAGGGAGACCUCCCACGUACACUGGAGACAAGAAGGCCAAAAUGGCAGCCAAAACCAAUCAGAAAUGGGUGAGAUUGGCCACAGUUUUUGCCUAUGUGCUGUCAGUCUCAUUGGCUGCUAUAUUAUUAGCUGUCUACUACAGUCUUAUAUGGAAGCCUGUACGGACAAGUGGUGGGCCAGCUAAUAGCAGCCCAAGCCCUGAUUACUUUACUACUUUCUCCAGCAAUUUAACUCAGUCGCUGAAUGACACACCUGCCAACAGCACUGCAAGUGAAAAUGUAAGGGCUAUUCUGUACUCCUCCAAACGAUUAUCAGUUUUUGAUGAUGCAGGGAAUCAGGCAAGGGAUGCAGACAGCAUGGAAUAUAUAGCGACCCAAUCGCCUGUAUCUUACAUAGCUUCUGCAUCACAGCAGAAGGUACUUACAGAAUCUUCAGCUAACACACUGGUUGGGGAGGAUACUACCCACAGGAACAAAGAAACUGUGACUUUGACAUCAAGCACCAACCCAGAUGCAGGGAUGGAGACCUUUACCUCAGGCAUGGAAGACCCUGUACCAAGCAGCAUCCUUUCACCACUUACUCAUCACACAAGUCAUACCUCCGCAAUAACAUACACUUCACAAUCCUUAGAAGAGCCACUUAUUCCGCCAACCAAAGACACUGCAGGAAUUCCAGAUUUGCAAGCAUUUACUUCAAUACAAGACAAUGCAGAUGCUGCGGACCACUCUGACGCCUCUAAUUUAAAUGAGGAAGCGAGUGGAAGUACAGCAUCAUUAAAGCAUAAGACCAGUGAAGCUGAAAGAAGCCAUGAGCCUGGGGGCUACACAGAUAGUAUUCCACAUACAUCUGCUACAGAAAGCCUAUAGGAGUUGGUAAUAAUGACUCUUCAGGGACUACACAAAGCCGCCUUCUUAUGUAAUGGAAGACCUGGAGGAUCUUUGCAUUUUUAAUGCUAUUACCACUCCUUUGACUCAACAUCCUUUCCAUUACGGCCAAAUAUCUUCUGUAUACCUAGAGAUAUAUUUUAGCCUAGUGAUAAGGCAGAAGUAUUUUCAUAGAUUACAUGUUUAUGUCUAUUUUGUUUUUAGAGCAGUGAAACAUGUUGACUCUGUGACUAAAUUCAACAAUCAGAGAAAUAUUAAUUCAGAGAAAUAUGAACUUAACACACCUUCAGUAACUACAAAAUAUGUCUAUUUUUGUUAAAAUAAAACACACUUGUUUUAUCAGGAAAAGAGCUUGCAUAGACAGCUAAGUUCCAAUAUAUAUGUGACCCCCAUAAGUCACCUGGAGUGAUGCUCAGGUAUGUCAAUAGAAUGCAUGUAGAUAAUGUCCUGUAUUAAACACCAGUUACUUUGUUACAAAUCGGGGUAUGAUGCACACAUUUAAAUAAAGGACAUUAUUCUAAGGGCUAUCGAUAUGAAUGACACACAUA